AUGAUCUCACUUCCAUUUUCAAUCGGCGCGCACACUCCCUCCAAUAAUCUCACAACCCUAUCAGGAUUGCCGAACAAAUUCUACGCCGUCAAAUUCAACGGAAGCAAGCAUUUCAAAACGAAUUCGCCUUUCUUAAACAGAAGAGAAACAAUUGCCGUUGGUACCGGCCUCGGCUUCAGCUUCCUUCCGCUUCUUAACCCUCUGCCGGAGCCUGCGGCGGCCGAUAGAGGCGCCGCCGCCGCCGACCCGUGCGAGUUAACGGCGGCUCCGUCGGGGCUGGCGUUCUGCGACAAGGUUAUCGGUACCGGACCCGAAGCUACUAAAGGCCAGCUGAUUAAGGCACAUUAUGUGGGGAGGCUGGAAAACGGGACGGUGUUUGAUAGCAGCUACAAUAGGGGAAAGCCUCUCACUUUCCGUGUUGGUGUUGGCGAGGUGAUCAAAGGAUGGGACGAGGGAAUUGUAGGCGGAGAUGGAGUUCCAGCCAUGCUUGCUGGAGGAAAACGACAACUGAAAAUCCCUCCUCAACUUGCAUAUGGUGCAAGGGGAGCAGGCUGUAGAGGAGGAUCAUGCAUUAUCCCGCCUGAUUCAGUUCUGUUAUUCGAUGUGGAGUUCAUUGGAAAGGCUUAG